AUGGCGCCUCCUCGUUAUGGCAAUCAGUCCUUGAAUGGACCUUAUCACAUUCAACAAAAUCAUCUUCCAACACACGCUUCCUCUCACCAACAUGGCGCCCUUCCACCUCCCACUCAUCUCGGUACACCGUCGUUCGGGGCCGCAGGGCCUUCCAACGCAAGUCCCUUCGCUUUGGCUGGCAAUUUGAACAAUGGCUUUGAUCGGAGUAUGCUGGACAGUGGUCUUCUUCCUGGCCAAUUAGCACAAAUGGGGUUCCCGAGGGGAGGUCCAGUACAGGCUCACCAGAACUAUGACGGCUUGGGUGGCCCUCUCGAGAAUAAAGACGAUGCAAGGAUUCGAAACGUCUGGAAACAUAAUUUGAAAGAAGAGAUGGCGACGUUGAGGCAGCUGGUUGACACGUACCCAUACAUCGCAAUGGACACCGAAUUCCCUGGCAUUGUCGCGAGACCCAUCGGCCAAUUCACCACCAAGGCUGACUACCAUUAUCAAACUUUACGAUGUAACGUCGACUUGCUCAAGAUGAUCCAGCUUGGAAUCACCCUCUUUAAGCCUGACGGCAGCCUUCCUCCACCCGAUGCCAUCUCGCCACCGAAAUCCCAAUUUCAUCCCAACAUGUUACCAACUCCUUGCACCUGGCAAUUCAACUUCCGAUUUUCCCUCGAAACGGACAUGUACGCCCGAGAAUCAACACAAAUGCUCACAAAAGCUGGGAUUGACUUUGAUCGACAUGCUAAACACGGAAUCGACCCUGAUGAUUUUGGAUCCCUCCUAAUCAGUUCAGGCCUGGUCCUGGAUCCUGAUGUACACUGGAUUUCGUUUCAUUCUGGUUACGAUUUUGGCUAUCUCAUGAAGCUCAUGAUUUGCAAACCCCUACCGGAGGAUGAAGUACAAUUCCACGAGUAUUUGGAGAAAUUUUUUCCCUCCCUGUUCGACAUCAAAUUCAUUCUCAAACAUGCCGGCGUCAAGGGACAGGUCAACAGCGGACAACCCCUCACUCAAGAAGCAGCGAUGAUGGUGCAACGUAUCAUGACCAAAUCUGGCCUUCAAGAUAUCGCAGAAGAGCUCGCUGUGGCGCGAAUUGGCCAAGCCCAUCAAGCUGGCUCGGAUUCCUUGCUUACUGGGCAAGUGUAUUUCAAAAUGAAGGAAAAGAUCUUCAAUGGAACCAUCGAGGAGGACAAGUAUAGAUCACAAGUUUGGGGCUUGAAUGCGCAGAUGCCGACAACGGGAACGGGUCCAGGGACAAAGGAUUUUAGCACGCCCAAUAUGAAUGGAGCCACCUUUUACAACCAAAAUGGUACACCGACGACACCUCAGACUGGAAACAUCGGAAUGGCAGGAGCACCUUCACAUACUCCCAUACCUGCUCAUGGCAUGAUGGGAAGCAUGACGCCUGGAGGAUUCGGAAAUUUCCAGUACCAGAAGGCGAUGAGUUAG